CUUCUUCGUUCUUCACUGCAACCACUCCCUAAGUCGCCCAUUCCACACCUCCAGAAGGAAAGAAAAAACACGCGCGCACAAUGAUGUUUUCCACAUUCAUACUCGCGUUUCUUUCCACUGUCGUGUCAGCCUCCCCUCUCAACAUCGCAGCAAGGCAUAACUCCAGCUCAGCUUGCGAUGGACUAGGCCCGAAUGCAUUCGACGAUACUACUUCGGGCUUUGGCUUUAUUCUCGGGGUCACUGACGGGACUACCGUAAAUCCACAAUCGAUCGUUCUCGCUGAUCCUACCGACGGGACGCCUACAAAGGUACUAGGAACCUUGAACACACAUCCGAACGUUCCGUUCAGUACCUCGUUCGAGCUUCAAAAUGGUGCCUUGACCCCCGUGUUCAGCUUUGCCGGACCAGUGGCCCAACCGGCGAUCGCAGGAUCAUUUGUAUCGUUCGCAGUAUCACCGUCCGCGGAUCCCGCCGGGAUAUAUUGUGCAGUGCCUCAAGAAGAUGAGAACAAUACCACCCUCCUUGCAGUCGAUGGAGACACGGAUUCGUUUGCCCUCUGCGCAGAAUCGGUCGAACAUGCAUUCAACGUGUUCAGCUUAGUGUACAAGCCCGAUGCCUACCAUCCGGAGUAUCAGUUUGACACUUGUAGACCGGCGAAGGUUCAAGUACUUUGAUUCAUAGUUAUUCAUGGUUGGCAGAUGAAGGAUAGUGAAUGGGAUGGACUCACUUUGGACUAUACAGACAUUUGUGGACUUUUGAUAUCAUUAGUGUACUUAUAAGCGUAGUGAUGGGAAUUCCUGCAGUAUGUUUCAAGGUGGAAUUCGGACGCUUCUGAUCGCUGU